AUGUCCUUCUCUCGUGUCGAAAAUCCUUGUUUUCUGCUCUUUCUGUUUGUCUUCCAAGCAAUAUUUAUCCUGAUACUCUACCGAGGUGGACCUUCCAACUUGUUUCGUGGGUUUUUAGACUCGCAUCAGGUUCUGGAUUACUCAAAAACUCACGAUGUGUAUACAAACCUCAGUUUGUUUACCCAAGCUCCUAAUGAAGAAGCCAUGCCGUACUGCUCAGCUCAGUCACCAAUAUUUGUUGGUCCACUAACCAUCACCUUCAGGGUGCUCCCUAGUGAAAGAAUGAUCAUCAAAAAAAAUCCUUUUGUUCAGUCUGGUGGACGCUACAGGCCACCUCACUGCUUGGCCCGCUACAAGUCAGCCAUCCUUAUAGCCUACAGGAACCAGGAGAAGUACCUUCACCACCUUCUCUACUAUAUUCACCCUUUCUUGCAGCGCCAGCAGCUCAGUUACAGAAUCUACUUGAUUCAGCAGGUGGGGAAUGGUACAUUUAACCGAGCAAAGCUGCUUAAUGUUGGUGUCCGGGAGGCCCUGAAGGAUGAAGACUGGGACUGCCUUCUCCUGCAUGAUGUUGACCUAGUACCUGAGAAUGAUUACAAUCUCUAUGUUUGUGAUGAAUACUAUCCCAAGCAUAUGGCUAGUGCCAUGGAUAAGUUUCAGUACACUCUGCCAUAUAAGUCCUUUUUUGGGGGUGUAUCUGCUCUGACUCCAGAACAUUACAUGAAGAUGAAUGGGUUUCCCAACACAUACUGGGGCAGCGGUGGUGAAAAUGACGACAUUGCUACAAGGUACUAAUGCACAGGAUGGAUAGUCCGGACAUCACCUCACCUUGGACGCUACAAAGUGAUGGACUACAAUGAAGAGACAGAGACACAAGAGAUGUGGAGAAGGCCUACUUCUCGACACAACACCAGAAAAACAUGGAAGGAUGAUGGAAUGAAUUCAUUAGAGUUCAAGCUCCUUUCCAGGACAAAGCAUCCUCUUUAUACCAACAUCACUGUGGACAUUGGAUAUGUUCCCCCAUUUUCUUAA